AUGUCAAUAUUAUCAAACUUAAUUAGAUUCCAAAAUAUAAACAAUAGCAAUAAUAGUAAAAUCAUAUGUAAUAAUAUUAAUACAAAUUUUGGUUUAAAUAAAAUAACAACUGAUGUCGAUCUCGAUUAUUCCCAUUUUGGUGGAAUUGGAAAUUUAACCAAUCACAUCCAUGCUAGCAUCUCCAAAGGUUUAUUGCAUACCCUCUAA